UGGUGCGGGUGGCAUGGAUUGAUUGAUGUCGGGUCCAUCCAGCACUGCGAGCCAGGACGGCGCUGAGGCCCCUGGGGCCCCUUAAGCACCACACGUGGGCUCCAGGACCGACCUGGCGUCUGGUUCCAGACUGACUCGUAAAGCAAGCCUUCUGCGGAGGUACCCAGGUCUGUGAUUCUCGUCCAGCUGAAGGAAAGGCAGAGCCUCUCAUUAUUCUCAGUUCAACACGACACAGGCUCUGGGGUUAGCAUGCGGAGACGAAGAGGAAGAACAGAGAGGGUCAGGAGGAGAAGGCGAAGCUCUGGCUCAAGAGCAGUGAAUAAGAGCUACAGAUCAGAAUUUAUAGAGCUAAGAAAAUGGCUGAAGGAAAGGAAGUUUGAAGGCACAGACUUAGUGCCCGCCAGCUUUCCAGGGACAGGAAGAGGGCUGAUGAGCAAAACCUCAUUGCAGGAAGGCCAGAUGAUUAUCUCCCUGCCCGAGAGCUGUCUGCUCACCACGGACACUGUGAUUCGAAGCUCCGUAGGGCCCUACAUUAAGAAGUGGAAGCCGCCUGUGUCUCCUCUGCUGGCCCUGUGCACUUUCUUAGUCUCAGAGAUGCAGGCAGGCAGCCAGUCCCUCUGGAAGUCUUACCUGGAUGUUUUACCUAAGUCAUAUACCUGCCCGGUGUGUUUGGAGCCGGAAGUGGUAGAUCUUCUUCCCGGACCUUUAAAGGUGAAGGCGGAAGAGCAGAGAGCCCACGUGCAGGACCUGUUUGCCGCCUCUAGAGGCUUCUUCUCUACCCUGCAGCCUCUGUUUGCAGAGCCUGUGGAUGGCGUUUUCAGCUACCGAGCCUUCCUGUGGGCCUGGUGCACGGUGAACACCAGGGCUGUGUACCUGAGGUCCAGGAGGCAGGAGUGCCUCUCCGCAGAGCCGGACACGUGUGUGCUUGCUCCGUUCCUGGAUCUGCUGAAUCACAGCCCGCAUGUCCAGGUAAAAGCAGCAUUCAACGAGAAAACCAGAUGCUAUGAGAUUAGAACAGCCUCACGCUGUAGGAGGCACCAGGAGGUGUUCAUCUGUUACGGCCCCCAUGAUAACCAGAGGCUGCUCCUGGAGUAUGGCUUUGUCUCCGUCUGCAAUCCUCAUGCCUGCGUUCCUGUCUCGGCAGAGAUGCUGGUUAAGUUCCUCCCUCCCGCAGAUAAGCAGGUCCACAAGAAGAUAACCAUUUUGAAGGAUCAUGGCUUUACAGGAAAUUUGACAUUUGGAUGGGAUGGGCCAUCGUGGAGGCUGCUCACGGCUCUCAGGUUGCUGUGUCUGGAAGCCGAGCACUUCACAUCCUGGAAAAAGGUGCUCCUUGGCGAAGUCAUCUCCGAUACAAAUGAGAAGACAAGCUUGAGUGUGGCCCAGAAAAUAUGCUCUGAUACCAUCGAGGAGACACAUGCUGUGCUGCACAAGGUUUCUGACAUGAAGGACGGGAAAGUGUCACUGAGAAGCCAGCUCUCUCUGGUGGAAGCCUUGCGGAUGGAAGAGCUGAGGAUUCUCCAGGCUUCUGCUGAGACCCUGAGUACUUUGCUAGCCCCCUUUUCCUGAGCUCCUGGGGUCACGUGGUUCCCUCCUAUGGAGGUGCACCGGCUGCGUUUUUACUGAGGUUGGAAUAAACAGACUUUUAUAUGAA